CUCAGAGUUACGUAGGCAAGAUAUAUAUAUACAUGAACACAUGCAUGCAUACAAAUACACACAGAGGUAGAGGUAGCAUAUAUACUAUUUAUAAGAACAGGCAUUACUGCCAGUGGAACAGUUAUCCUUUGCUGUGAGGACACACCUGGAGAAGUGAUCAGGAAUUCUUUUGGAGAAGACACACCUCAUCCCAAGAAACAAGGAGUUUCCAGCAGGACUGUGUAGGGUGAAGAUCCCUGCAGAAUUCUCAGUGGAAAAAAUUAUCCUGACAUUGCUGUGGACAUCACCAUGCCUUUUCUGCCAUGCUUGAAAAAAAAGAAGUCACCAGUGCCUUUAGGCAGGAGUAUUUUUCAAAAACACACCCCACCCAUCCAGCAGAACUACCAAGCCUUGCUGGAGAUGUGCUUGAAGAACAAGUGCCUGUUCACAGAUGACAACUUCCCUGCUCACAUCAGCUCUAUUGGAACGGGAGCACUGCUAAAGAAACUACCCCGAAAUUUACGGUGGAAGAGGCCACAUGCUUUGCACAGAAGUCCAGUAUUUUAUGCAGCAAACAGAAAGCAACUUGAUCUCUGUCAAGGACUGGUGGAGAACUGCUGGUUCCUGGCAGCCCUGCAAGCCCUGACGUUUCACCAGGACAUCUUGGCUGCAGUCGUCCCACUAAACCAGAGCUUUGAGAGGAAAUAUGCCGGCAUUUUCCACUUCCGGUUCUGGCACUUCGGUGAAUGGGUUGACGUGGUGGUUGAUGAUCGCCUGCCUGUGAACGAGGUGGGGGAGCUGGUCUUUGUUUCCUCAGUCUAUAAGAACGUGUUCUGGGGAGCCCUUCUGGAGAAGGCAUAUGCUAAACUCUAUGGCUCCUAUGAAGAUCUGCAGAUUGGGCAAGUUUCGGAAGCCUUGGUGGAUUUUACAGGUGGUGUUAAUACAACAAUCAAGCUCGCAGCAGCUCCUCCUGAUCUGUGGGAUAUUCUGACAAGAGCAACCUACAGCAGAUCUCUUAUGGGCUGUCAGACACAUUUAGGGACAACAAAGGUGCUGAAGAAUGGGCUUGUUGCUGGCCAUGCCUACACAGUAACUGGAAUUAGAAAGGUCACCUGUCAAUAUGGGCCAGAAAACCUAGUGAGACUGAGAAAUCCAUGGGGAAAAAUUGAAUGGAAAGGAGACUGGAGUGACAGCUCUUACAAAUGGGAGCUGCUGAGCCCAAAGGAGAAGAUUUUGUUGAGGAAAAAUAAGGAAGAUGGAGAAUUCUGGAUGUCUCUGCGAGAUUUUAAGAUUCAUUUUGUAGAUCUGACAAUCUGUAAAUUAACUCCAGACCUGAUGAGCCAGGAAGAUGGGAAGAAGUGGAUGUACUCUGUGAAGAGUGGGAGAUGGGUUAAAGGAAGCACAGCAGGAGGCAGUCUGGGAUUCUGUAAUGGCACCUUUUGGAUGAACCCUCAGUACUUGCUGGAUGUUUUACCAGUUGAAGACAGUAAGAAAAGCCUGGGUUCCUGCAAUGUGGUUAUAUCCCUGAUACAGAAACCCAGCAGCAAACACCGGAACCGUGCUUCUCACCUCUCCAUUGGAUUUUCACUCUAUAAGAUUGCUCGUGCAUACCAGGAAAGCAACAGAAAGCUGCCCCCAGCUUUCUUCACCCGACAUCAGCCUGUGAACAAGCAUAAGGUCUUCCUUGAUGAGCGGGAAGUGACUCUUGACUUCCAUCUGCAACCUGGUGUAUAUGUGAUUGUCCCAUCCACCCUGGAACCUCAGCAGGAGUCUGAAUUCAUCCUGCGGGUCUUCUCCAGGAAGCAUGUUCUUCGGGAAAUGGGUGGGAACACCAGUUUCACCCUCUCAAAGGAAAUUGUUGAUAGGUAUGAAGGCAAAAUUUGGGAGGAUUUCUUCACAAACUAUUUUGAACAGAAUCCUGAAAUAAAUGCUGUUCAGCUCCAGAGGAUCCUGAAUAAUAUAUCUUGGAGAAAUUUCCAGAGUUUUCGCCUGCAUUUCAGUCUGGAUGCCUGCCAGGUUAUCUUGGCACUCCUGGAUCUGAAUGCCACUGGCACACUGAGUAUCCAGGAAUUCAGAGUCCUGUGGAAAAGGCUGCUUUUCUAUUUGGAAGUUUUCCAGAAAAGAGAUACUAGCAGAUCAGGAAAACUUGACCUUGUGGAACUGCAUGCAGCUGUACAGGAGACAGGCAUUUCACUCAGCAAUGAAAUCUGUAAUUUGAUGGCAAUCAGAUAUGGUGACCCUGACUUGAAGAUCAGCUUCGAGAGCUUUGUGUGCUUCAUGCUACGAGUGGAGAUCAUGGGAGAGGCCUUUCGCAAUUUAACACAAGAUGGCAAAGGGAUAUAUCUCCGGGAAUCUGAGUGGAUGAUGAUGACCCUUUAUUCCUGAAGCAAUGCUGUAGAAGAGAGGACAACGAGGCCUGUGCUGGGAUGGGGAAGGCUGCUUCGUAUCAACUUUCUAUGCACACUGGACUCUCUGGGCUCAGCUCUGCAACUUACCUUGUAUGAAAAUUCUUCCCCUCAAGCAGACUUGACCUGAUGACCACAGACUUGGUGAACUGAAGUUUUGCUAAUUAAUGUAUUUAUUGUGAGUCCUGUUUCACUUCAGACGACCCUUCUGAGAAGAGACUGCUGGGUGCCAGCCACUACGGGUGCACAAUGUGAUGCCACAGAGCUGAGUCUUUGUGUCCACCUACUUCAUGCUGACAUUACACUGUUGUUGUUACUGGAUGGCACAUGCUGUGUAAUGCCCAGAGGCUGUGCUUGGUGAUGGGGCUCUUGAGCCUGGAAGGGAAACAGCUCCUCCCCUGAGAGGCUUGUCGUCUAAUAGAGGACAUCCCAGUUCUGCAGCUGCCAGGCCCAUGGUAGAGGGCAGGAGUCUGUGUGCUUGUAGGGAAAAAGGGGUGAGAACUCUCUGAAUGAACACUCUUCCCUAGCCAUGACUUGGAAAGGUAAUUUGCAAGCAUUCAAACCAUUUAUUUUGCUUUUAUAAAUCAGCAUAGCCCUGUUGAAAUGAACCUAAGUUGAUUUGACCAAGUGAAUGAGCCGGGCUUCCAGCUCUUUGUGGAUGGAGGCUGAGAUGUUUGCAUUUUUAUUUCAGGAAGACAGUGGGUUUUCUCUGCAGAUUGAAAAGUACAGUACAGUGAGAAGUAAACUGAUCCCACAUUAAGUCACUGGAGGCUGGCAGGGAAUAGACCUUCUCUGUAGCAUGAUACUGGAGCAGUCUGGCAAAACAUUUGCAUAUUUGUCAGUUACUUUUUAUAAAGGAGGAUGAGAGUGAGUAUCUGUGUGUACUUUCAAACGAUUGAGGCACAUGUAGGUUGUAGCUAAUUAAAUAGUGGAGCUGGGUGUGUAGUUCUGAACAGCAUUAGAGAACAUGUUAGAAGUGGGACUAUUCUCAUCAAACUCCAUGCUAGAGUUACUUGGUGCAUCUAUCUGUAGGAUCCUUUUUCACUUUCUUACCAUUUAUUUCAUUGGGCUGGAAAUUUCCAUGCUAAGUGCCUAUUACAGGUUGCUGCUUUGAUUCUUUUACAUUCUAGCAGACAGCACAAUUGUGUCUCUUUUUCUAGUCUGGGUGCCGAAUGAAACAGAGCUCCAACAGGAAUGAACGUAUAAUGAAAGGCCAUACUCUUAAUGCAUUUUUAGGAAGAACUUACAUUAAGCUUGCAUAGGCAGCCUUCCCUCUGGCUUUUUGUGACUUUUUAGGCGCUCAGUCUCUUAAAUGUCCUUUCAGACUGCAUAUGAGAUUCGGGAGUGAGGUGGACUGUGGAUAAGAAUGUGAACAUGAGUAAAAGGCUGAUCACAGAUGUGUGCUUACCACUGCAUCAAAGCCUGUGCAACAGCAUAAGCAUAUUUAGAGAGAAACCCCAUCGCACGUACGUGUUCCCAGUCAGGAGGCAUUAUACAGUAGGCACAACAGUGUGCUUUAUUCCCUGCAACAGUCUGUUUUUUAAAAGUAUAAUUUUCUGUUUUUAUGAGAAAACUGUUAGAACCAGAUAAAUAGAUAGCUUUGUUUGUACUUGUUUCUUACAGAUGUUAUAUGGGUUGUCUAUUCUGAGUGGCCCAAUGUGGUGUCAUUGGAGCCCCAGGGUUCUGAUUUGUGCAGCAGAGUCAGUUAGGGGGUCAUGGACAUCCAGGGCCCUUGAGGGCCAUGUCCCAGCUCUUUCAGCAGCUCCUACUGCAAAGCACAUGCUCUCUCCUGACUGUCAUGCCUCUCUUCCCUUUUGUGACUCGCAGCUGAACACGAUGGUGCAAACUAAAUUAGCCUGAUUUAAUUUGCACUCAGCUCAGUGGGGGAUGUUAUAAACACUGAUUUACUGUGUACAGGAGCAUCACUGGAAGAACCGAAAAGGUUGAUUGAGAGAGCGUAGGUCUUGCUUUUUCAGCGCGUUCUGAAAAAGAUGGUCCCCAGCACCCACAGGUAUGGCCAGGGGAGUCUGCAUGAGUGCAGGGUGUUCACAGCAGGACUCUGACAUGAUGGGAUGAAAAUCUGUCAGUCCCAACUGUGUUUGUUGCACUAUGUGUGUAAUCAGCUGAGCAAGAAUUGUUAAAGGCUAUGAGUAUGCUGGACGUAGCUCUGCUACAGUGUGCAAAACUGUGGUGCAGGACACCCAGUUUCAAACUGCAGUUCAUUUUAAUGUUAUACACAUUGUUUUUUAUAUCAGGUUUUGUACUUAUUUACUUCACACCUCCUUAAUGCAGAGCAGUGUAAUUGCAGGGAGAUUAUUUUGCUAUUGAUUACUUGAUCCAGGAAAGAAACAAAAUUCAUCCAUGCCGUGAAUCACUAAGCAUUUGCAGCAAUAAACUUUAUUGAGCCAUGUGACUUGCUGUUACAGAAUUGUAAAGAAUGCUUUACUGGAAUGAUUAUACCAAACCAUGUACAAUUCAAACUGAAUUAUCUGGCUCACAAUAAAAUGUUUCUGGCAAGGGCACCUA